UAUGAAAGCAAAACAUAAAGAAUACCAUUUAAAAACUUUAGACAAAGAUUUUUCUGAUUGGGUACAAGUUAUGUCUAUACUAUUAAAAACGGAUAAAAGUCCCAAUAUGGAGAAGUUUGAAACUUGGUUCCAUUCAAACUGGAGUGUAGAGUAUAUAAAAGUUGUUCAAAACUCAAUAAUCGUUGACCAUUUUAACUCCAUCGUUGACGAAUUCAAAAAAGACACCUCACAAAGUCAGAUUAGAUAUGAACCUCUCUUUACAAUAUAUCAAAGGGAGGUUCUGGCAGAAUCCCUUUGUCAAUGGGGAAUUUCAACAAGGGAUAAGUGCAAUAUCCUUAACUUUGACGAAACGCUUGGCGACGAAGAACAAGGCAUUCAACUGUUCAACAACUUGGCAACAAUUCUAAGGAUGGUUCCAGGCCCUGAAUAUUAUAUCAUAAUCUCUAAGGUUGCUAGUCGGAAUAGAGACUGUCUGGUAGAUGAAUCAGAUAUUUCAAAACCAUUAUCAACUGAUUAUGAUCAUCGCGUCUUCGAAAAGAAGCAAAAGUUUAAUAUUAAAGACUCGUUGGUUUUUGUGUACGAUUUUGAACAAAAAUCAACUAGACAAACCAACAGCUGGCCUCGACAAAUUCUCCCUACGCAUUUGGUUAAAGUGUCUAGGAAAGGAUAUAUACCCAUCUCUGUCCCAUAUGAGGAGCCACCAAACUCUGACAAAAUUGAACAAGCUCACUUGAAUAGUAUUCCACCUAACCUUUCGGAAAAUAAAUAUUUUAACUUUCAUGAUUACAAGGAAAGUCAAAAAAGAUUUCAGGAGCAAGAUGUGAAAGCAAAUCAAAAUUCAAUGACGUUUAAAGAAAUAGCAAAAUGCCUCCAAGACAUUCCAGAAGGAGAUGAGAUCAAAUCCCUUAAAGAAAAUGUCGAGCAACAAUCACCUCAAUCGAAUUCUGACUUGGAUUUGGAUUCUGAUUCGAAUUUAGAUUCAGACUCUGAUUGUAUCUUCAUCGAGCAUGAGGCUCCUAGAAGUGCUACGAGUUUUUAUUCUUACAAUGAUUGGAGAAGUGGUGGUGAAGAUUUAAACAAUGAAAAUUGCCAAAGCACAGAAUUUUACAAUAAAAACUUCGAUAGUUCUAACAAAAGCGAAGGUAAUAGCCAUAAUAAUAGAGGAAAUGAAAACAUAACUAACAAUGAAAAUAAGGGUAAUCAAAAUACUAAUAAUGUAAAUUGUAACAAUGCAGAGAAUUCAAGUAAUCAAUGUAUACACGAUAUCAAAAAUCAAAAUAUGGCAAAUGUAAAAGUCCAACGUAAUGAAGCUGAUGAUUUCUACAUUGAAAAUUCGAAUACGGAAGAAUUAAACAAUCACAUCAUAGAAAAUCUAAAUGUUACAAAUACAAAUGGAAGACACAAUGAAAGGACAGACACACCUAAUUUCUCGUACAAAGAAAAAGGUAACGAUUCUAACAAUAAACAUAUAAAUACAAGUAAAACUCCAAAUUUAAAUAUACAAGAUCAAGAACAAGAAUUGAACGAAACCGUUUCAAGAAGUACAACUGAUAAAAACUUUAAUCAUAUCAAGCAAGGAGAUAAGGAUAAAUCAAUAAAUAGUACGAAAUUAAUAGCAAAUAAAGAAACAAGCAUUUGGGCAUCAUCAAAUUUUCUAAAUAGUUUCGAUAUUGAAAAGCUUUCAAAGAGCAAUCUUAUAAAAAGGAAUCAAAACUCCUCACCAGACUGCAUACAGUUGAGCGAUUCUGAUAGCGACACAAAUGAACCUGAAAAGGAGAAAACACAAUCACAUAGUUCAUCGAAAAAAACGGAUUGUUUUGGUAAGAGACUAUGGACUGAAACCGCGAAACUAUUUAAAGAUACUAAGCAACCAAAACAAGGAAUUGUUAAUAAUAGACCCCUGGAAGAUUACGAUAGCCUUGUUAAACAACACGAUAAAUCUCGUGUUCUCAUUCAGCCAGUGAUUGUUCAAAAUACAAGCAGAAUUGAAAUUUAUUUGAAAGCUUUUCUCAUUGGUGAAGGCAAGUCGAUUUGUGAUAUUCCUGGUCCAGAAAUACUUGAACCUAAGAAAAUUGAAUUUGAUGAGAACACUUGUUUGGAAGCUCUCGACUGGUUCGAUGGACAAAAACCAUCAUCAACAUCGCUUAAAGCACUUUGUUUACACCCUGACGAUAUAGAAAAGUUAUAUAAACAGGGUCAACAAACGCAUAAAAGUGGGCUUGGAAAGGAUUGGAAUAAUGCGGUUAUUGAUUUAACUGAUUGUCAUUCAGACGAUGACAGCAAAGUGCCUCAUUUGCCACAGGAAAAGCCAAAAAAAAAAUCAAAUUUAAAGAGAAAGUUUAGAGAAAGUGAAGAAUCUGGAAAUUCUGAUUCCUCAAAGAAUAAUGAAAAACCCAGAAAAAGGGUAAAAUUUCUAUUAGCAGAAAAACCGAUUGCAGAGAAAGCUAGUUAUAAUAGCUGUAUUAACGAAAUGAAAUCAAAACAGAAAGGAAAUGAAUUUUAUUCGUUGGAAUUAACGAGAUAUUUAGAUAGUAUUGUUGAAAAAAUUGCGCAAUAUGAGGAAACGAUGAAGAACUUCCCGAAUAGAGUAGGUAAAAGAACAUACGAAAUUGUUAUGAGCAUCCUGAAAUUGGACAAAAGAGCUAUAGAACUUCAGAUUUUCAAUUAUGAAAAUUGCGUUAAAAGCGAAGUUGAUUUCUAUUGUAGGCUAUCUGAGAAAGUAUUAUUAGCUGGAGAAAGGUUAAGGUGUUAUACGUUCGAUAAAAAGUAUCUACUAUUUGGACAUUCUCCUAUUCCAAAAGAUAUGAGGUUAUACUUAGAAAAUAUCUGCAGUUUAAUGGAAAUGGCUCAUUCAAAUUCCGAUGUGGCUAAGUUCAAAGAACUCACUCAUAAAAGGAAUUCAAUUCUUAGUAGAUAUUGCGAUGAAACUUUAGAAAUUGAUAAAAUUAUUCAGAAGGUCGACGAAGAACUGGACUAUUUCAAGUAA